UCACGAACCACCACGGGAAUCCGGCAUACCGAUUGACCCAGUCUCUUGACGAGUCCCUUGGAAUGUAUCCCGAUCGAUGGAACUGGGAGUCGGCCGAGUCGAUCGACGUCAUCGCCAGGCCAAUCCGGGAGAAUAACAUCAUCCAUCCCAACGGCCUAUGGCCCUAUAUAAUUAACCAGCCCUAUCCUUGCCAAGGCAUUUACAGACCUUCAUGGACCAACUCAACCCCUUUAAAGGCCGAUAGUUUAAACUAAUUCUGAAACUAUGUCUCCACCCAACCCUACGCCCUUCACCUACGAAAACGAGAUCUACCAAGCGGGUCUCCAGAACCAAAAACCCUCCCUUACCUUCAACGCUCUGGAAUGGGAAUCUCUCGCAAAGGCACAACUCCCAGCCUCCGCAUUCGGCUACGUCCACGGCUCAGCGGGGACACGCUCCACCGACACCAACAACCAAAACGCCUUUAAGAAAUGGGGCAUCCUGCCUUCCCGCCUCGUCGCCAGCGACUUCCCAGACCUCUGCACCACCCUAUUCGGCGACACCUACGACUAUCCCGUGGCGAUCGCCCCCGUCGGCGUGCAGCGCAUCUUCCACCGCGACGGCGAGACCGCCACCGCGAAGGCCGCCGCUAGCGAACACGUCCCGUACAUCCUCAGCACGGCGUCGUCCACGGGCAUCGAGGACGUGGCAGACGCCAAUGGCGACUCCCACCGUUGGUUCCAGCUCUACUGGCCGCUGAACGAGCACAACGACAUCACCGCCAGUCUGCUAUCCCGGGCCCGCGCCUCCGGCUACAAGGUGCUCGUGGUCACGCUGGACACGUACAUCCUGGGCUGGCGGCCCAGCGACCUCGACAACGCGUAUAACCCGUUCCUGGUGGCGGAUGACAUCGGCGUGGCGAUCGGGUUCACGGACCCCGUCUUCCGGGCGAAGUUCCGCGCCAAACACGGCAGGGAGAUCGAGGAGGAUGUCGGCACCGCGGCGGCGGAGUGGGCGCAUACGGUGUUCCCGGGGCUGAGCCAUGGGUGGGAGGAUCUGGCGUUCUUGAAAGAGCACUGGGAUGGGCCGAUUGUGCUGAAGGGGAUCCAGACGGUAGCGGAUGCCAAGCGGGCAGCGGAGUAUGGGGUGCAGGGGGUGGUGGUGUCGAACCAUGGCGGACGGCAGCAGGACGGGGGCGUUGGGUCGUUGGACGUGUUGGCGGAGAUCGUGGACGCCGUGGGGGAUCGGCUGGAGGUGCUGUUUGACUCGGGGGUGCGGUGUGGUGCGGACAUCGUGAAGGCGCUGGCGCUGGGCGCGAAGAUGGUGCUGGUGGGCCGGCCGUAUGUGUAUGGGCUGGCGUUGCGGGGGGAGGAGGGCGUGCGCCAUGUGUUGAGGAGCUUGCUGGGAGAUUUCAAUCUGACGCUGCAUUUGUCGGGGAUUCCGUCGGUGAGGCCAGAGCAUUUGAAUCGGGAGGUGUUGAGGCGUGUGGAUAGUUAGGAUGUUUGGGGUUAUGUGUAUAAUAUGAUGAUUCUUAAUGAAGCCAUUGCUAUAUACUAUACAAG